AUGUUGCUGCGCCUGGUCGCCGAGUUCGACCUGCAGCGGGACGUGGCGCCCUGGCUGGCGGCGCGGGGCUGGGCCGCGCCUCCAGAUACUUCAGAGAAUUCAUCAGCGCUCUAUGUUGUAAAUGUUGAAAGAAAUGGAAAAAUUAUUUAUACCUGGAAGGGAGAACAGAGAAAUACCCACAUUGGACUGUAYGAUCGUCAGACUAAACAAAACGAGCACCUGUAUAUGUUUGAGAGAGAUCUGCACAUAAUCAGUUGCUCAGUCAACAGUGAAAGGACAUUAUUAGCUGUCAGUUUCCGACAAUAUACAGAGGAAGAAAGAGUAAGUCGGCUACUGCAGUCAGUAUCCAAAUAUUUAACCUUGCUGAUUGAAAUUCAUCCMGUUAAUAAUGUGAGAGUCUUAAAGGCUGUGGAUAGUUGUGUUCGAGUACAGUUUCUUUAUCCAGAUGAAGGCAGAGGUACUUCUACAGAAAGUCGUCUCUUGCUGGCUUCCGAAGAUAAAUAUAUUGAACAAUUCGACAUCCAUGUUGUUGCAGAAGAGCACCAAGUGGUGAUUCGAAACCCAGGUCAACUUCCAAGAUCCAGAGUUGCAGAUGAUCUCAUUUGGGCUCAGUGGGAUAUGAUGGAGCAGAGGCUCUUCUACAUUGCUCCAAAGGAGUCGAGGAAUACCUUAAAAUGUGUCCAGUUUUAUCCUGAUGAAAAUUUUAACUCAAUACUGGAAUCACACCUGGAUAUUUCUGUACCUGACACGGAAUUAAAACUUGUGAAUUUUGGAUAUGAUUACCCUCAAGACCAAGAGGUUGCGCCUAGGUCUUUGAAUCUUCAGGUUUUUACGAGUAAAGCAGGAGGCUUGUGUGUGUGUUGCAGCUUAGCCUCUGAUGCUCCAGAUCAAAUAACAUACUCCAUAUAUUUCUUACAUAAAGGUUACAACAAAACGUUCACAGUCUCUCUAGAAAGAGCAGAAACCCACCAAUUGAAGGAAGUGGCUUUUUUGAACCUUGAUUAUUAUGUGGCUGCUUAUUUACCUGGCCAGUUCCUGCACCUCCUGAAUAUUCAGCAUCCUGAUCUCCUGUGCUAUAGUUUGUUUCUGACAGGUGAGGAUGCAAGAAUUGACCUGCUGCCCAAGGGCUCCGUCCAGUGCCCGCUGGCGUCGACUGUGCUGGAUCGCUGGGCCGGAAGGCUCUACGCCGUGGRCAUCAGCAGCAGCGCCCUGCUGCGCUUCCUGCGGAGCAGCGAGCGGGAYGGCGACAGGCUGGCGGCCCUGCACUGUGCCCUCCUCUGUGCUGGCAGCACAGCAGCCUUGGAAAGGCAGAUCAUUUGGUGGAUUGCUGAGAACCUGUCCACAUGCCAUACUUUUGACCCCAUUCAAGAAUUCAUCAUUGCCUCCCUGUACUGCAGAAUGUGUCCAGAAAUGUACAAUCUGGAUAAACUUCUUCCAUACACRUCCCUGCUUGACUGGACUGGGGUAAUCCCUGGAGUAACAUGUACAACAGACAUUAUUUCUCUUCCUAUAUUAGAGGUUCAAAACUCUAAAGGCUUCUGGGAUAAACUUAACUUAAACCUGGAAAGCGUGAAGUACGCAGAGCCCCACCUGCACUACCACAACAAUGUCCUGAGGAGGGAAUGGCUUAACCUUUCCCAAGAGAAAGAGGAAAGCAGAACCACAGCGUAUUUGAGGAAUAUUUUUGAAAAUGCAAAAAAGGUGUUGUCUCAUCUGGACACUUGGGACUGCGAGGAAAGGCUCCCCCCUCUCUUCCAGGAGGAGGACGCUCAGCAGCAGCUGCUGAUGGGACUGAUGGUCGCCCAGCUAAAGGAUCACCUCAUGAGGCAUCUCCAGUACGUAGGAAAAAAGAAGAUUGACCAGAUAGUUUUGGAUUACGUUGCAAAUCUGCUGAAYUUGGUCCAUCGAAUGAUGAAAGAAGUUUGGAAGAGAUACCAGCUUCAUUCCUGCAUCUUCUGCUUCCAUCAGCGGGGAGGCGCYGCCGAGGUCGCCGUGUUCCACAUCAUGAGCCGCAUUCUGGAAGCUGCCAAUGGCCUCUGCCUGCCCUUGCCUCCAGGUUUUCACACUCUGCACCUGGGGCUCGGUGUGCGAUGUCUCCCUCUGCACACCCUCCUGCACUACAUUGAUAGCGGAGUCUUGCAGCUGACUGAAACGUGUGUCAGGAAACUGCUGGAAGAUCUGGACAACACUGAGAAGAAUGAAAGGCUCAAGUUCAGCAUUAUCACAAGGCUUCCUGAGGCCCUUGGUCAAAAAGUCCACCAGCUUUGGAAUCACCCAGUAAAUGCUAAUUUCCUUGCACGGAAGUAUGUGAAACUCUUACUGGAGAAGCUGGGCAAGAGACAGCACCGCGGCCCCGUGCCCGAGAGACACCCGGUCCCUGUAGAGUUCUUGCCACUUAAUUACCUGACCAAUAUUCUGGCAGAGAUAGAGAGUCAAGGUUUGCGGCCGUGCGAAAAGCAGGACCGAGUAAAUCUCAGAUUUGUAGAGGAGACGGCGCUAAGACACACCGUGAUGCUCCUGGGCCUCAAGUAUUCCUAAAAUAGACCGUUUCCUUCAGCAGCCUCUCAGCUCUGCUGCUAGCACAGAUACGCUCUUUCCCAACUGUGAAACUUUUAACUUAAAUGUAAUGUUGUUUUCAAAAUAACCUUCACGUUGGAGUAGCUGUCAUUACUGAGAGGAGGAAGCUACUCAAAAUAGUAUUUAGUCCAGUGCAUUCAGAAAUGAGUGGACUGAAGUUACUGACUUGCAUAUAAAUCCAAGGGAAAUCUGACACACAGCGGGUUUGCCAUGAAGCUCCUCUGUGGUUCCAUUUUAUCCUGUCAAGUGCUCAGGUGGAGCCACAGGAGGUAUUAAAACAGGCUGUAAAACAGGCUGUGAACAUUGGUAUUAGAUUAGGUAACUAACUCCACAAGCAGGCCGAUYCUGAGAAAGGUGGUCAGGUUGUGCUGUGAAGUAACAAGGGACUGGCAACUGUUUGCCUGUUUGGGUUAAUAAAAGGUGUUCUCKGUACGACUGUGUGAAAUGAGGAACAAAGGGGGAGUCAGGUUCUGUGGUAGUGCCUCAGUAGUGAUGCUUUGGUUCCUYGUGGUGGUCAGGGUUAGCUACAGGGCUUCUGCCUUUGGGAUUGUGUUCUAGUGUGUUUGGUUUUAUAAGCAGCACAAAAUACCACCUCCUUUAAGUGCCUAUGACAGCUUUUUGUUUGUUUGUUUUGUUUUAGAUAUGUAUAAAAAUGUAAGYAGUGGAAUUUUAUUUAUUUCUUUCCUUACAAAUUUUAGCGUGGCAGGUCAAAUCUCACUUUCAAAAAGCAAUUGAUUCAGGAUUUUUGUUUUGUUUUGUCCUGUCCCCCCUGCUUUCCACUUGUAUUUAUACAGGAUUUUUUUCUCUCUCUGAAGUCGUGACUUCAGGUCAAACCUGUGACUCCCUCUCCGGGUAGUUCCAGGUCUGAGGCUUCCUGGUGCCAGUGAGGCCGAAGGAUCCCAUUCCCGGGAACUCYGUAUCCAGCGCACACUUUGCUUGGUCUUUCCCAGCAGGUGCCCCAUCCUGCCCCUGUCAUUGGCAUCAGAGGAGCAGGAGCUUUAGCUCUCACACCCACUACCUGGGGAGGUGGAAUAUUUUCCCAUGCUAGUGCCA